CCUUAACCAAACGAAAACUCACCAAAUCCGGUUUCUGUGUAUCCACUACUCUUUUGACAUCCCUUCCACACCGAACCCAAACCCUCUUCAAUUCCCCUUUGUAUAAUUGGCUUCACCAGCAAUCACCCACUCUCUUUUAUGAAUCUGGAUUGUGGCUUGAGAACCAGAUCCUGCCGUGUCAUUCAAGAGACUUCCAUGGCUGUUGCUGCUUUAGAACUCGAAGAUGACGCUGAAGAAAUCGAUGACGGUUUGAAACAGAGCUGUUGGGCUAACAUGCCUCAAGAGCUCUUGAGAGAGGUCUUGAUCAGGAUUGAAUCAUCCGAAAAUAAGUGGCCUACCCGGAAGAAUGUUGUUGGUUGUGCUACUGUUUGUAGGAGUUGGAGAGAGAUCAUGAAGGAGAUCGUUAAGAGGCCUGAGAUUUCCGGGAUGCUGACUUUCCCAAUUUCUGUCAAGCAGCCUGGUCCUAGAGAAUCUCUCCUCCAAUGCUUUAUAAAACGGAAAAGGUCAACUCAAACAUAUUUCCUUUUCCUUAGUUUGACUCAAGCACUUGCUGAUGAUGGAAAGUUUCUUCUUGCUGCUCGCAAGUUUAGACGCACCACAUGUACGGAUUACAUCAUCUCAUUACAUGCUGAUGACAUGUCAAAAGGAAGCAAUAGAUAUAUUGGAAAAUUAAGGUCAAACUUUUUGGGAACAAAGUUUAUUGUAUAUGAUGGUUUGCCACCUCAUGAUGGGGCUAAAAUGACAAAGAGUCGCUCCACUAGAUUUAUGGGGUCCACUCAGGUUUCCCCUAGAGUUCCUGCUGGAAGCUAUCCUGUAGCUCACAUCUCAUAUGAGUUGAACAUGUUGGGAUCCAGGGGUCCAAGAAGAAUGCAAUGCAUCAUGGAUCCAAUCCCAAGUUCUUCCAUUGAAGCUGGAGGUGUGGCCCCCACGCAAACCGAAUUCCCCCUUUCCAGUGGUGAAUCUUUUCCUUCAAUUCCGUUCUUUCGUUCAAGAUCAAGCUGUGUGGAAAAAACCUUAACCACCAGUCAAAGUCAAAGUCAAAGUCAAAGUCAAAGAGAUGGACCUCUUGUUCUGAAAAACAAAUCCCCAAGAUGGCAUGAACAGCUUCAAUCUUUGACACCAAGAUUGCUUGUGAAUGAAAUAACACAGGAACAAAUUUGAUGUGGAUUAAAAAAAAAAGAAAAAAAGAAAAAUCAUGUAUGAGAUGGAAAUAAAAGGGGUAUGGUAUGGUAUGUAUGGUAUGGUUUCAUGGGGCAUGAAUGUGCAGAUUUGAAGACUCUAUGCAUGCAUUGAUGGAAGUGAGUAGAGGGAAAUUCAAAUAAGAAGCCUCAUUCCAUUCCAUUCAUAAUUGUUAUUGAUGGUGAUGGUGUGGGUUUUUCGGUCUUUUUUUUUUUGGUUGUAAAUAGUAUUUAUUUCGUUGCGUUAAAAAAACUGUCAAACUGUUUGUUUUGUUUUCACCUUUUCAUUUCAUUAAUAUAUGUUAUAUGUUUGCUGUGGAACCAUACAUAAUACAAUACAAUUUACUGAUUUUAGUUUCCAGCUAUUUUUAAACACAAUUUUUCAUUCAGUAAAAAAAC